GAAGAAUUAACUUCGAAUCUGCACAGUUUUAAGAACAAGGCCUUUAAAAAAUCCAAAGUCUGUGGAGUCUGCAAACAAAUUAUCGACGGUCAAGGUAUCUCAUGCCGAGCCUGCAAGUAUUCCUGCCACAAGAAAUGUGAAGCCAAGGUGGUGAUUCCCUGCUGUGUCCAAGUCCAGCUAGAGCAGGCUCCAGAGAGUUCCACGCCGUCCGCUUCUCUCUGCUGUGAUAAAACGUCGCGGCCCUCUGUCCUGAGCCCCGCCAUGGAGGAGGGUCAUGAGCUGGACCUCACCUACAUCACGGAGCGCAUCAUCGCUGUGUCCUUUCCCGCCGGCUGCUCCGAGGAGUCCUACCUGCACAACUUACAGGAGGUCACGCGCAUGCUCAAGUCUAAGCAUGGGGACAACUACCUGGUAUUAAAUCUUUCAGAAAAGAGAUAUGACCUUACAAAGCUUAACCCAAAGAUUAUGGACGUGGGCUGGCCAGAGCUGCAUGCACCACCCCUGGAUAAGAUGUGCACCAUCUGUAAGGCGCAGGAGUCCUGGCUGAACAGUGACCCCCAACAUGUAGUGGUCAUUCACUGCAGGGGUGGGAAAGGACGCAUAGGAGUGGUCAUAUCAUCCUACAUGCACUUCACCAACGUCUCGGCCAGUGCUGACCAGGCCCUUGACAGAUUUGCCAUGAAGAAGUUUUAUGAUGACAAAGUUUCAGCUUUAAUGCAGCCUUCCCAGAAACGGUACGUCCAUUUCCUCAGUGGGCUCCUGUCUGGAUCGGUGAAAAUGAAUGCCUCGCCCUUAUUUCUGCAUUUCGUCAUCCUCCAUGGCACCCCCAACUUUGACACUGGUGGAGUGUGCCGGCCCUUUCUGAAGCUCUACCAAGCCAUGCAGCCUGUGUACACAUCUGGGAUCUACACUGUUGGCCCAGAAAACGCCAGCAGGAUCUGCAUCGUCAUAGAACCGGCCCAGCUUCUGAAGGGGGACAUCAUGGUAAAAUGCUACCACAAGAAGUACCGCUCGGCCACCCGCGAUGUCAUUUUCCGCCUGCAGUUUCACACCGGGGCUGUGCAGGGCUACAGGCUGGUGUUUGGAAAGGAGGAGCUGGACAAUGCCAGCAAAGAUGACCGUUUUCCGGACUAUGGAAAGGUUGAAUUAGUCUUCUCUGCCACACCUGAGAAGAUUCAAGGGUCCGAACAUUUGCACAGUGAACACGGAGUGAUUGUGGACUACAACACGGCAGACCCGUUGAUCCGCUGGGACUCAUACGAGAACCUCAGUGCAGAUGGAGAAGUGCUGCACACGCAGGGCCCUGUAGAUGGCAGCCUUUACGCCAAAGUGAGGAAGAAGAGCUCCUCCGAUCUUGGCAUCCCAGGUGGCUCCCAGGUCAUCCCGGCCACCAGUAGCCCGGACCACGGUGACCAUACCCUGUCUGUUAGCAGCGACUCAGGCCAUUCCACAGCCUCAGUCAGGACCGAUAAGACCGAAGAGCGCCUGGCUCCGGGAACCAAGAGGGGCCUGAGUGCCCAGGAGAAGGCUGAACUGGACCAGCUGCUCAGUGGCUUUGGCCUGGAAGACCCUGGAAGCCCCCUCAAGGAGAUGACUGAUGCUCGCAGCAAGUACAGUGGGACACGCCACGUGGUGCCAGCCCAGGUCCAUGUGAAUGGAGAUGCCGCUCUGAAGGACCGGGAGACAGACAUUCUGGAUGACGAGAUGCCCCACCAUGACCUGCAUAGUGUGGACAGCCUUGGGACCCUGUCCUCUUCAGAAGGGCCACAGUCAGCCCACCUGGGCCCCUUCACCUGUCAUAAGAGCAGCCAGAACUCACUCUUGUCUGACGGUUUUGGCAGCAACGUUGGUGAAGAUCCGCAAGGUACCCUCGCGCCAGACCUGGGCCUCAGCGUGGACCCUCUCUAUGAGCGGGAGCGGACUUUUGGGAGCCGAGAGCCUAAACAGCCCUCACCCUUGCUGAGGAAGCCCUCUGUGUCCGCCCAAACACAGGUCUUUGGGCAGAGCAGCUACUCCACGCAGACCUGGGUGCGCCAGCAGCAGAUGGUGGUGGCUCAUGAGUACAAUUUCACCCCUGACGGGGAGGCCAGGCUCAUCAGCCGUGGCCCCACAGAUAGUCCUGGUCUCAUCCAGGCCCAGCCCAGAAUCCCAGUCACCCCCGCCCGCGGGGCCAGCAGCAGAGUGGCCGUCCAGAGGGGUGUUGGCAGUGGGCCGCAUCCCCCUAGCACACAGCAACCCUCGCCUGGCAAAGCGUUCAAGCACAGGUUUCCAGAGGACCCAGUCGUGAACGGAGCUGGCCUGGAGCUGGGCACAGGCCCCUCCCCGGGCUCACCCACCCUGGACAUCGACCAGUCCAUCGAGCAGCUCAACAGGCUGAUCCUGGAGCUGGACCCCACCUUCGAGCCCAUCCCCACCCACAUGAGCACUCUGGGCAGCCAGCCCAAUGGCUCGGCCUCUCUGGACGGCAUGGGUGGCGGGCUCCGGGCGAGCAGCCGGCUGCCCGAUGCGGGAGAGGGUCCCGGCAAGGUUCCCAGGCGGCAAGGCUCCUCGGCUGAUGAGCCACUGGGUGGAAGACUCCGGAAGCUGAGCCUAGGACAGUAUGACAAUGAGGCUGGAGGUCAGCUGUCCUUCUCCAAAUGUGGAUGGGGAAAGGCCAGCGUGGACCAAGCCCCAAGCCUGGUGCCUUUCCCCUCUCCAGCAGAUGUCAAAGAGUCAAUGACCGCUGCGUAUCCCCCAGGCCUGGAUACGAUCGAUGGCAGGAUGUUAAGUGGCAAGGAGGCUAUGUGUUCAACGCCAGCAUUCCCUGUGUCUCCAGAGACGCCAUAUGUGAAAACACCCCCACGGUGCCCUUCAUUCAGCCCACCGGAGCCACAGAUGAGCAGCCCGACCACUCUGCACAAAGGAGCACGUGAAUCGCGAGGCUGCCCUGAGACACUCAGCCACACCGUGGGGAUGUCAGAGAGCCCCAUCGGACCCAAGUCCGCGAUGCUCCGGGCCGAUGUGCCUGGGCCAACCUCCUUCCAGCAGACCUUUGCAUCGUCCUGCACAAUUUCCAGCAACGGCCCUGGCCAGAGGAGAGAGAGCUCGUCUUCUGCGGAACGCCAGUGGGUAGAGAGCAGCUCCAAAUCCACUGUGUCCCUGCUGGGGAGCAGCCGGCCCACAGGAAGUGCCUUCAGUGCUGAGUUCUCCAGCCCCAGCAAGGACUCCCCAGUGCUGUCCUGCUUCCCACCGUCAGAGCUCCAGGCCUCUUUCCGUGGCCAUGAACUGUCCCUAGCAGAGCCGCCGGACACUCUGGCUCCCCCAAGCAACCAGGCCUUCUUGGGCUUCAGCACUCCCCCAGUGGGCAGUGGCCUUCCACCCGAGGAGGACCUGGGAGCCUUGCUGGCCAAUUCCCAUGGAGCGUCACCAGUUCCCGGCAUCCCGCUGACCACAGCAGGGGCUGCAGACAAUGGCUUCCUGUCCCACAACUUUCUCACGGUGGCUUCUGGACAUGGCAGCCACCACAGCCCAGGCCUGCAGGGCCAGGGGGUGACCCUGCAUGGGCAGCCACCCCUCCCUGAGAAGAAGCGGGCCUCAGAGGGGGAUCGUUCUCUGGGUUCGGUCUCCCCCUCCUCCAGUGGCUUCUCAAGCCCCCACAGUGGGAGCACCAUCAGUAUCCCCUUCCCAAACGUCCUUCCGGACUUUUCCAAGGCUUCAGAAGCGUCCUCACCUUUGCCAGAAAGUCCAGGUGAUAAGCUUGUAAUCGUGAAAUUUGUUCAAGACACUUCCAAGUUCUGGUAUAAGGCGGAUAUUUCAAGGGAACAAGCCAUUGCCAUGCUGAAGGACAAGGAGCCUGGGUCAUUCAUCGUUCGGGACAGUCACUCCUUCCGUGGGGCCUAUGGCCUGGCCAUGAAGGUGGCCACACCACCCCCCUCUGUCUUACAGAUGAACAAGAAAGCUGGAGAUUUGGCCAAUGAACUUGUUCGGCAUUUUUUGAUUGAGUGUACCCCGAAAGGAGUGCGUUUGAAAGGGUGUUCAAACGAGCCAUAUUUUGGGAGCCUGACGGCCUUGGUGUGUCAGCAUUCUAUCACGCCCUUGGCCUUGCCGUGCAAGCUGCUCAUUCCAGAGAGAGAUCCGAUGGAGGAAAUAGCAGAAAAUUCUCCCCAGACAGCAGCCAAUUCAGCAGCUGAGCUGUUGAAGCAGGGAGCAGCUUGCAAUGUGUGGUACUUGAACUCUGUAGAGAUGGAGUCCCUCACCGGCCACCAGGCGGUCCAGAAGGCCCUGAGCAUCACCCUGGUCCAGGAGCCACCCCCUGUGUCCACAGUCGUGCACUUCAAAGUGUCAGCCCAGGGGAUCACCCUGACAGACAAUCAGAGGAAGCUCUUCUUCCGGAGGCAUUACCCCGUGAACAGUGUGAUUUUCUGUGCCUUGGACCCACAAGACCGGAAGUGGAUGAAAGACGGCCCUUCCUCAAAAGUCUUUGGAUUCGUGGCCCGGAAGCAGGGCAGUGCCACGGACAAUGUGUGCCACCUGUUUGCAGAGCAUGACCCUGAGCAGCCUGCCAGUGCCAUCGUCAACUUCGUGUCAAAGGUCAUGAUCGGCUCCCCAAAGAAGAUCUGAGAGCCACCCUGGCAGCCCAGACCCGCCGGCGGCUCUCAAGACCCUGGAGACAGCAGUGGGGUAAGGGCGGGGCCCCCACUUUGUACCAAACUGAUAACCCUGACAUUCCAGUGGAGGAGGAUAGACGAUCUUCCAACUCUGCAAAACGCAAGAACAAAUGUCACCGCUGAGUGACCUUUCCUAAAAGUGACUUCUUAUCUGACACAUCUCUGUGGCCAAGUGCUUUUGGAGCAUGCCCACCCAGGGUUCCUAUUGGAAAAGGACGUGAGAAGAGAGCGUAGAAUGUGUGGCAGUCCCCAAGUUCCUGGCACACCAGCAUUUCAGGGGAUGAGGAAUUCCCAGCCCUCACGGCAGAGGUGCUGAGUGGCCACUGUGCUUCACUGUGGGUAGGAGUGCUCCCGUCCAACCAAUGCCCGAGGGCCGUGGUCCCUCACCUGGGUUUUCCCAUGACAGAGAUACUAAUGAAACCGAGAAGGGGCACAUGUUUGACGGUUUGUUCAGGUCAGGCCCUCCCGCAACUCAGCGGGGGCUCUAACAAGGGGACUUUG